AUGAUUAUUAAUACACGUUUUAUUGCCAUUCAAUUAUAUAUAAUACUACUAUGUAUAUGUUCAAUCACAACAGCACAGAGUAAUAAUAAUAAUCAUAAUAUUAAUCGGACAAAUAAAAAUCAAAAAGAUGUCUUAAAUAAUGCAAAUAAUUCUACUGAAUCAUCUGUGCAACAAAUUUCAUCCACUAGUAGUACUAGUGUUCCAACUAGUACUAGUGUUCCAAGUACUACUAACGUUCUAAGUAGCACUAGUGUUCCAAGUAGCACUAGUGUUUUAAGUAGUACUAAUGUUCCAAGUAGCACCAAUGUUCCAAGUAGCACCAAUGUUCCAAGUAGCACCAAUGUUCCAAGUAGCACCAAUGUUCCGAGUAGCACCAAUGUUCCAAGUAGCACCAAUGUUCCAAGUAGUACUACCAGCAUCACAAACGCCCUGCUUUAUUCAUCUUCUAAUAUAUUGGAUACAGAUUCGAGUGUUGCACAAUCAUUAAUAUCAUCAACUUUUUCUGAUACUGAAACCGCUUUAUUACUUUCAAGCACUAGUUACACUACUACCUCUGAUUCUACAAGCAGUAGUUUAGAAAGUAGUUUGUUUCCUAGUUCUAGUAAUCAAGAGUUUUCUGAUUCUUUUCGUAGUAGCACCGCUUUCUCAUACAUCAGCAGUAUUAGUACACAAACUUUGUCAUCUAGCAGUAGUAGUAAUACUUUCAGUUCCGACACUAGUAGUAUUUCCAUUAAUGAAUUUAGUAGUACUAGCAGUAGCAGUAGUAGUAGUAGUAGUAGCAGUCCAGUCAGUAGUUCACAAUUAGUUACUUCAUCAUCUUCCUUCAGUUCAAGUCCCUCCUAUUCUGCUAGGUCUAGUUCCAAUAGUUAUACCAGUUCUUCUAUUAGUGCUAGUAGGAGUAGUUUAGUUGUGCAAAAAACUAGUGUUGUCAGUAAUGAUAGUAGCUCUAGUGGUACUUCAAGCAGUAGUAGCUCUAGUAGUAGUUCCACUAGUAGUACUUCAAGUAGUAGCAGUUCCACUAGUAGCACUUCAAGUAGUAGUAGCUCCAGGAGUAGUUCCACUAGUAGUACGUCAAGCAUUAUUAGCUCUAGUAGUAGUUCCACCGGUAGUACUUCAAGCAGUAGUAGCUCUAGUAGUAGUUCCACCAGUAGUACUUCAAGCAGUAGUAGCUCUAGUAGUAGUUCCACCAGUAGUACUUCCAGCAGCAGUAUUUCUACUAGUAGUGUUUCCUCUAGUAGUUUUAGUGGUUCCACUUCACAAAGUUUACUCACAUCUUUUACGUCAAAUAUGUCAAAAAGAAAGUCCACAAGUUUAAUGACAAUCACAUCAGUGGUUAGUGGCAGAACUGUAGUUUCAGAUGUUUAUACAACAAUUACAUACAUACCUUCUGGUUCUUCAACCAGUAAUAAGUCAUCCGGCCAUAGUUUGAGCGAGAAGGAUAAGAGAAUUGUUAUAGGAUGUGUUGUCGGGAUUGGUGUUCCUUUUAUAGCAGGUAUUUUAUUUGUUCUAUACUAUUUCUUUAUUAGAUCGAAAAAGACCGAUUUUAUUGAUAGUGACGGUAAGAUUGUUACCGCUGUCAGUGCUAACAAAUUAACCAAAUGGUUGUACUCCUUAGUUGGUAAAGAUGUUAACGAUAAAUAUGACAACAGCGAUACUCCGCCAGGAAUGGAUGAGAUAGAGCUAGCUAAUCAUCAUGAAUUAAGUAUUGAUGAUGAAAGUAUUGAAGAUGAUGCCGGGAAUAAAAAUAAAGGAAAUAAUAGAGAUUCAAUGAUAAGAGCAUUUCAUAAUAGUGUACGUGAUAAUUCCAAUCAAUCAUCUACACCCAGCCGCGAUUUAAUGCUGGACGAAGAGAAAUAUUAUGAUGAAGCUGGUAAUGAAAUUAACGCAAGAAAUUACUGA